GAAAUGAGAGCGAAGAAAAAUCGUCUUUUAAGGAUAGACAUGAUAUUGUCACCAAAAACUAUGUGAAACCUGUAAUAUCCGGAUUUUUAUUUGUAUCUAGCUUGAAAGAUCGAGAAGCAGAACAAAGACAUGAGCAACAAUCUAAGGAUCAGGCUGAAGAACCCGAAUGGUUCAGUUGUGGCCCAACGUCACGUUUGGAUACAAUUGAACUGUGCGGUUUCAAUGAUGACCGACCACGAUCGAGAAAGUUUAUUGUCGGAAAAGAAUAAUGAUAAACAAGAAGGUUCUGCUGAAGGUGAUGAUAUCAAUAACGACGAGUUUAAAGAAAAUCGCAUUCAAAAAGCUAAUUUGAUUGAAUCAAAAUGGUCAUCACACGUUCAAAAUAGUACACAUUCCAAAAGCCUUAAAAAAAAUGAAGUUAACGCAAACGCUCAGGACAAGAAUGAUAGCGGAAAAAAGGAUGCAAGUCCAAAAAAACAAACGCUGCCUUUCACUAUGACCAAUUCCCAGCAAAUAAUAAACCAUUACGCUCCUUUAAUCAUAUCGGCGGUUUUCAAAACAAUGGAGAAAGCGCCGAAUCGCGUUAUCCAUUACGACACUCAGGGUAUAUACAAGCAAACUCCUAUUUGCAAUGGUGAAAAUCUCGCAAAUUUGCUGUUUAGACAAUCUUAUCAACAAAAACCAAGCAUUAUGCAGUCAUCAACGACGAUUCAUCACACAUACAGCAAACACAACUUCUUUUUACAGCACCAGCAUCAAGCUGCCCUCUUCGCUACAUUGCAACUGAAGGGAAUUUUGAGUCGUCCAGAAGCUCAAAUGCUGCUGAUCGGUUUAUCAAAAG